GGUCGGCCAGUCUAACCUUAAUCCAGGGCGGCAUCAUUGCCCGGCGUGCCAGACUGGGCGCGUCUGAAAGUAAAUAUUUUCCUGGAAAUCAAUUAAAUCUUCAAUCAGAAACCACGAUGCCGCCAAAGAAGAAGCAACCGCUCGGUAUCACAGAUGCUAAUGCUGGCAUUGGUGCCGGCGCCGAAGCCUAGGUUCGUUCCGUGGCAGCUGCAUCCAUUCAUCCCGUCCUCCGAGAAACGCGCACCCGACCACAAAGGCGGCAGCGAGAACGCCGCCCCCGGCGCUGCAUCCCUCGUGCCCAAGUCCAACAAGCGCAAGUCCGCCGACGGUGCCGUCCCGUCCGGCACCACCGUCGCUCCCGCCGCGAAGAAGGCCAAAGCUGCCAAGCCCAAGCCGGACCCGCUCGACGUCUCGGGCAUGGAGCUCGACGGCGAGGACUCGCACGAAGUGCCCGUCUAUGACACACGCGACACUAUCCGACGCCGCAUCGCCGCCGCCGUCCUCAAGGAUGGCCGCAAGGUCCAGACCAACUCGUUCAGCAACUUCAUGAGUUUCAAGGGAUCCCUGGCUGGCAACUGCAACACCUUCUUCUACGCGUCCUACGUCUUCUUUGAGAAGUUGCGCAUCAAGCAGGGCAAGCCCACGACUGGGGACCGCGAGGUUAUGGAGGCGGGCCACCCCGAUGGCGUGGACGUCACGCGUCAGUCAGGCAAGAUCGGCUACGUUGUUCAUGCUGGCAUGAACGUGAGCAUGGACAAGAAUGGGUGUCCUUUCACCUAUUGGGGGAGAUGUCUCACAGGUGCCGCAGUGUGGAAUGGACGCUGA